CCACUAGGCUGCUGAAGCCGGAGGCUGCUAGGGAGAGGGUGCAGGUUCGGUGGGCCCAUCUGGCGGAGCCGAGCAAGGGAAAUGGUCCCCGCCCCGCCGCUCGCCGGUUGAGGAGGAGCCGCUCUGGCCAGGUGGCAGGCCAGCCGCGGCGCGGGGCGCGGGCCAGAAGGGGCGUAUCGUCCUCCCGUGCUGCUGCUGAAUGUCGACUCCGGAGGAUGAGGAGAGGCUCUCGCCCCUCGCCCAGAGAUGGCCCCGCGCGAGCAAGUUCCUCCUGUCGGGCUGCGCGGCCACCGUGGCCGAGCUAGCAACCUUUCCCCUCGAUCUCACAAAAACUCGACUCCAGAUACAAGGAGAAGCUGCCCUUGCUCGGUUGGGAGACGGUGCAAGAGAGUCUGCUCCCUAUAGGGGCAUGGUGCGCACGGCCCUGGGGAUUGUCCAAGAGGAAGGCUUUCUAAAGCUCUGGCAAGGAGUGACACCUGCCAUUUACAGACACAUAGUGUACUCUGGAGGUCGAAUGGUCACUUACGAACAUCUCCGUGAAGUUGUGUUUGGCAAAAGUGAAGAUAAGCAUUAUCCCCUUUGGAAAUCAGUGAUUGGAGGGAUGAUGGCUGGUGUGGUUGGCCAAUUUUUAGCCAACCCAACUGACCUAGUGAAGGUUCAGAUGCAAAUGGAAGGAAAAAGGAAACUUGAAGGAAAACCACUGCGAUUUCGUGGUGUGCAUCAUGCAUUUGCAAAAAUCUUAGCUGAAGGAGGAAUACGUGGGCUUUGGGCAGGCUGGGUACCCAAUAUACAAAGAGCAGCGCUGGUGAAUAUGGGAGAUUUAACCACUUACGAUACAGUGAAACACUACUUGGUUUUGAAUACACCACUGGAGGACAAUAUCAUGACUCAUGGCUUAUCAAGUUUAUGUUCUGGACUGGUAGCUUCUAUUCUGGGAACACCCGCUGAUGUCAUCAAAAGCCGAAUAAUGAAUCAACCGCGAGAUAAACAAGGAAGGGGCCUUCUGUAUAAAUCAUCAACUGACUGCUUGAUUCAGGCUGUUCAAGGAGAAGGAUUCAUGAGUCUCUAUAAAGGCUUUUUACCCUCUUGGCUGCGAAUGACCCCUUGGUCACUGGUGUUCUGGCUUACUUAUGAAAAAAUCAGAGAGAUGAGUGGAGUCAGUCCAUUUUAAGCCCUUAAAGAUGCAGCCCUUAAAGAUACAGUGUUCAUUAUCAUUGAAAUGCGGGCAUCUGCAACAUACACCCCCUAUUAUUUCUACCUCUUUAGGACGACACCUUACUCCACAGAGACUGUGAUUUAUAGGGGGCAGCACUUUAUUUUUAUCUGGAAACCCAAGUUCUCUUUGACUCCUCUUUUUGUUCGAAAGCAAUCUGAUUGGAUCACACAAGGCCUCCCAAUGAGACCCAGCCCAGUGUUUUCCAAGGAAGAGUCAAAUCCUGACCACUUACCUUGAGCAAGAAGAUUCGACCUUCGAGAUGCUAUUCUAUGCUGAAGAGCUUGCUUAGAGGAGGAAAUGCCGGAAGGGAGACAGCAUCUUAGACCUGAAGCAGACAACAGUAAUGUGGAAAAAUACAUACGUACAUAAUGACCACGGAACAUAUUUAACCUGUCAUGUCAGUAUUUACGACUGAAAUUUGAUAAUUCACUUUUCUGUUGCCGUUAAAGUGUGCAUACUUUAAAUUAAAGGGAGGUGAAUGAAUAAACAUUUUGAGAUUUCCCUAGUGUUG